UUUUGAUUUGAUAAAACCCUCAACAAGCAUCUGUUUCUCUGUCCCGAAGCAAACAAAAGAGAGAGAUCCACAUCCCGGUGCUUCUCUUUCACUCUUUCUAAAACCAGAAAGAAAAAUCAUCGAUGGCUUUCACUUCGUUUCUUGGGAGACUCCUCUUUGCCUCAGUUUUUAUACUUUCUGCUUACCAAGAGUUUAAUGAAUUUGGGGUUGAUGGGGGACCAGCACUGAAAACUCUCAAACCAAAGUUUGAGGUGUUUACCAGCCACGCGCACUCUCAUGCCGGCAUACAUGUACCAGAAAUUGAAGUCAAACAGUUAGUCACUGCAGCUAUAGUUGCCAAGGGUAUUGGAGGCAUCCUUUUUAUUUUUGGCAGCUCACUUGGAGCCUAUCUUCUGCUUCUGCAUCAGAUAAUUGCUACGCCAAUAUUAUAUGAUUUCUACAAUUAUGACGCUGAGGAGAGAGAAUUUAAUAAACUUUUCAUCAAAUUCACACAGAAUAUGGCACUUUUUGGGGCACUUCUGUUUUUCAUAGGGAUGAAGAACUCAAUUCCCAAAAGACAUCACAAAAAGAAGGUUCUCAAAACAAAAACUUAUUAGAAACAAAUGGCCAUUAAUUGGUAGGGAUCUUGUUCAAAGAGGAGCUUACUGGGGUAAUUUCCUUUUCUUUUUUGGGUUCUUGAAACUCAUUUCAUAAUUCACUAGGAUCUUCUUCUGUGUAUGGAUAGGUGCCUUUUUAUUUAUUGUUUUAAAGAAAAAUAUACCCCCUCAUGUAGUGCAUUUCUUCCCCACAUUUCAUGGGGAUAUAUUAUAUUUAUGAAUCUUAUAGUUUU